UCAUUACACACACACACACACACACACGCAUAUAUAUAUAUAUAUAUAUAUAUAGAGGACACCAUUUUUUGUAUAUUGCAUCUCAGCUCUAUAUUUAAGUGAAUAGAAUCUUUAUCUUUCAAGAUGGGUAUGAGAAUUUCAUUUUUCUUGGGUUGCUUGGAGUGUCUGCAAUUUCCUUUUGAGCUUUUUAUGCAUCACCGGGAAGGCUGAAUUCGGGCACAAUGACAAAUUAUUUUUUGAGUUGAAUAAUAUAGGCUAGUAUUAUUGGAGCUACUUUAUGUGCUGCACGUGAUCUUUUCUAGUUGCCAGUGAGAUAAUUAAAAAUUAUUAACAAAAGAGAGAAUUUUUUUACCAUAAUAAAACGUAAUGAUAAAAUAAUCAUGUUCUCAUCACAACAUUUUUAUAAAUUAUCACUUCUUCCCAAAACCAAAUUGGUGCUAGCCGGCCUAAAAGCCGCGUGUGCGCCAGGUCCACAUCCACUAGUGGCUGAGAUUUAAAAAAGAAGCACUGUGGGUUGCCCACCACUUUCCGUCCAAUUACGUUGUUGGCUUGGAUUUGGGUUUCCCAUGCCUGAGCCUUCUCUCUGAAUCUGAGUCUGAAGUGACACCUCCACAAAACCAUGCCCAUGGCCACCGCCUCCCUGUUCCCUCUUGGAUGACGAUAAUGACGAUUAGGCUGCCUCGCUUUUGUCCCUUUUGCUUUCUCCGCUAGCACCAUCUAUCAUUGCGUUCCCCUGUUAAGAAGAUGAUUUCUUGUUUAGUCUGCUAGUUUCCCCAUCAACCAUGGCCUCCCCUCUUUGCUUUCCGCUCUCCCAAAUCUCACUUAAGAUUGACCGCUCAGCAUUGGUUCCUAGACCUUCAGCUAACCAAAGAUCUUUUGCUUUCAAAUAUGUGAACUCGAUAUUUCAUAGCCGCCAUGUCUUGGCAUUGGGAUCCACAAGAAGCAAUGAUUGGAGUUUUGCAGGAGGAUUAAGAAUUACUAUUAGGCCAAACGUUCGAACAUUCCAUCUUCACAGAAAGAACUAUGGAGUGCAUGCUUCGUGGUUGGCAAAUUCUCAAAUUGCUAGCAGUGUUUUUACGUUGGGAACUGCAGCCGUUCUUCCAUUCUACACCCUGAUGGUUGUGGCUCCAAAAGCUGAACUGACCAAGAAGUCUAUGGAAAGCAGCAUACCAUACGUAGUGCUUGGACUUCUGUAUGGGUAUCUCCUUUACCUCUCUUGGACACCCGAUACAUUAAGGCAGAUGUUUGCGAGCCAAUACUGGUUGCCGGAGCUUCCUGGUAUCGCUAAAUUGUUCUCCAGUGAGAUGACACUGGCUUCUGCUUGGAUUCACUUGUUGGCAGUAGAUCUAUUUGCUGCAAGGCAGGUUUUCCAAGAUGGGCUGGAGAACGAAAUUGAGACUCGACAUUCAGUUUCUCUCUGCCUGUUCUUCUGUCCUAUUGGGAUUGUUACUCAUGUAAUCACCAAAGCACUGAGCAAGAGUUCGAGAAAUGCUGAACAAAGGUUGCAUUAACAACUGAUUUAUAGCAGAAAGAUGGAUCUGUGGGAAGUAAAAUGGCUUUGAGAAGAGUAGACUAUCUAUGGAAAUUUGCAAUUGACAUAAUCAAGACUCAAGAGAAUAGAAUUUUGCAAGGCACUUCGUCUUGUUUGCCUAUGCAGUUUCUGCACAUUUCUUCCUUCUUCAAUAUGUGCCUUUUAUUUUAUUAAGAAACAGAUCGCCUAAUUUAACGAUGCUUACAAUUGGCUUAAUCCGUUGAGAUGCAGUGUAAAGAAGGAAGAAUUGCUUUGUUAACAGUCUAUCUGAAUUAAAACUUCAGGCUUGUUUUCAGCA